CGCUAUUUGUGCUUUAACACAGAUACACUUUGAAUAAAUCGGUUGUGUUUGCUUCAAAUACCAUGACAAAUAGAAUUUUAUCGUAGCCGUUCUUGUAGUUGCUAUGGCAACCAUUUUUAAUUUGUUUUGGACAAAUUCUUUCAAAUAAAAUGAAAUGUCAACAUAAUAUCAAAAUAUACGUGUAUCAUUCGUUUUCUUUUUGUUAAUUCUCCCGAAAAAAAUCUAAUCAAAUAUGUGAGUCAUAUCAGAAGAAUUCGUCGGAGAAAUAGUUUUUAUUUUGGAGGUCAAUUCAAACGUUUUCUUAUGGCUGUGAUAAAACAUUUUUUAUUGAAUUUGAAAGCGUUUUUCGUUUCUUUCAUCAUGGGAAAUUGUUGCCACAGAAAAUCUUCAAUUGGGUAAUGCCAAUUAGUGUGCUGUUACUUGGUACAGAAAAUGCCGGUAAAACGGAGGUUGGCCAUGCAUUGAGCACUUUGCCACGUAUUGAUUUCGGUCCGACAAAAGGUGUGCAUGUAUUCAAUGUGAAUUCGAAAUUCCAACACAUCAAACUAACGGAAGUUGGUGGUUCGGAUAGUGUACGAGACAUAUGGCCACAUUAUUAUAAUGAUGCAUUUGGUAUAAUAUUUGUUAUUGAUUGUUCGUUGCAAGCGCCAUUCGAUAAAAUGCGGGAAAUUUUACAAAAUUUAAUGCACAAUAAAUUUAUCCGAGGAAAACCCUUACUCAUCGUUGCCAAUAAACAGGAUUUGGAUCAAUCAAUUGACGUGGUUGAUAUCACAUAUUUUUUCCGAAUUGAUGAACUAUGCAACUUAUUAGGAACACCAUGCAAUAUUGUCACAUCCAGUAUUGCUGAUCGGUCUGAUUUACAAAUUGGAAUGGAAUGGUUAGUCGAUACCAUUGUGGAUAAUUACAAGUCACUCAAAAACCGAAAUCGAUUCAACGGUUUACUCACAACGCCAAUAAAACGAUUCAAAAGAGAACGAACCAGUUUGCCAAAGAAAGCAAAACGUUUUGAACAUAAUAGACGCAUCAGUUCGGCUCCAUCGAAAAUUGCCUCUGAACGCGCCAUAAAAGCACAAAAUGGGUACAUAAAUACAGUUAAAAUACAGAGACGAGUACAACAAAUACUACCGUCAAAAACUGUAGUACAUUCGCCGGAACCAUCAUCAUCAAUGUUUAGAUUAAAUACAAUAUUGUUACAUCAUGAAUGAAAUUUUCUAUUAACGGGUAUAUUGAAAAUCAAUGAACAAUAGCUGUUUCGAUUUUCUAAAAC